AAAACGUCAGUCAAUUUCGCAGCGCCACGCGUGCUGGUCGUGUCGACUAUUGCCCGUUGCCCCUAGCAAUACUACUUACGCAUCGCGCGCGACUUUCAAGGACUAAACAAGGACCUAAGUAUAGCCGUAAAAAUGUCUGACGCGGGCCAUGGAAAAAUUGAAGAUAAUCCGAAAAUCCUCUCGGGCCCUGUUUUGACCAACUCACCCAAUGCGGUCCUGUCAAAGUCCCUGCUUGGCAGGUACAAUGACCUCCCUCUCCCUGGAGACAAGGUGCUCGCCACCUACAUCUGGAUAGACGGCACCGGGGAGCACUUGCGGUGCAAAGACCGCACUCUAAGCUUCAUCCCUAAACGACCUAAAGACAAUCUAACACGGAUCCUCGAAAACAUGUACACGAAGUAUGAACUAUCAGUUCUCGAAGAUUUGAAGUGGUCGUAUGUGGACCAAUUUUCGUCACCGUACUUUUUCCCUCAGGAUGGCCGCGAAGCAUCCAUCCCCUGCGAACAGAAACUUAACAGGGACAGUUUUGAUGAGAACUUCAAAGAUCUGCCAGUUUGGAACUUCGAUGGCAGUUCAACAGGUCAGGCAGAUGGCCACAACUCGGACACUUAUCUUGUGCCCCGCGCCCUCUAUAGGGAUCCUUUCCGUCGUGGUAACCAUCUUCUUGUCAUGUGUGACACUUACAAGUACAAUAUGGAGCCAACAGAAAGCAAUCACCGUGUGAAAUGUCAGGAAGCAUAUGAAAAGUGCAAAGAUGAUGAGCCUUGGUUUGGUAUUGAACAGGAGUACAUCUUGUUAGAUUCAGACCUUAGGCCUUUCGGUUGGCCCCCGGGCGGUUUCCCACCACCGCAGGGACCUUACUACUGUGGUGUUGGUGCCAACAAAGUAUUUGCAAGGGAUUUAGUUGAAGCCCAUUAUAAAUGUUGCUUGUACGCUGGUGUGCCAAUAGCCGGUACUAACGCUGAAGUGAUGCCGUCACAGUGGGAAUUCCAAGUUGGGCCAUCAGUUGGCGUGACUGCUGGCGAUGAUCUGUGGAUGGCCCGCUACAUCCUGCACCGACUGGCUGAGGAGUAUGGUGUGAUCGUGACCUUUGAUCCUAAGCCUGUGCAGGACUGGAACGGAUCCGGUGCUCACACCAACUUCUCUACUAAAAAGAUGCGGGAAGAGAAUGGUAUUAUUGAGAUUGAGAAGGCCAUAGACAAGUUGUCGAAGGUUCACAUGAAGCAUAUUAAGGUGUAUGACCCUCGUGGUGGCAAAGACAAUGAGCGUCGCCUGACAGGCCUUCACGAAACCGCCAGUAUUAAUGAUUUCAGCGCCGGUGUCGCUAACCGUGCUAGCAGUAUCAGGAUACCGCGAGCAGUCGCUGAAGAGAAGAAGGGAUAUUUGGAGGACAGGCGCCCUGCUUCCAACUGCGACCCAUACGCGGUAGUGAACGCUCUGAUGCGCACCUGCAUACUGAACGAAUAACACGUCCGUGCCGCUUGACGGCGCGCGACACACUGCGGUAGCAGCUAGUGUACGCACAUCAAUUGAACAACUAUACCAUUGACUUCUUGUACGUUGGAUAGCUCGCUCCUAAUUCUUCUGCUUAGAGGGUCUAUUACUAAUAUUUGUUAUGUUAUCGACAAAAAUUGUAUGAGAUUGUAUGGCGUUUCAUGAAUCUAAUAUAUUUUAUGUCGCUGAUGUUAAGAAAAUGUUAUUACGAAUAUUAGAUAAUAGUGAUCCGAUGGUCAUAAGUAAAAAAAUGUAACAGCUCACUAGCGCCCCCUGUAAUGUAAUUUUUAUUUGUAUAACUAUGUUAUAUUUUCUUUUAAAAUUAACCGCGAUAAUAUCUCUUUAUCAUUAUUUGACUAUACAUGCCUGUUGAUUUUUUGUAAUUGAUUCUAUCUAUAAAUUCAAGUUUCGAGUCGCCAAAAUGGCGAAAUUCAAAUAUAAACGGCGCGGACUGUCCAGUGGUAUUUAGAAGUCAAUGAAUUCUAUCCACAUAAUUUACAUAAAAACAUUUUUAGAAACUUUUUUUUGUUAAAAAAUAUUUUUUAAAAAUCGGGAUUUUGUCGCGGCUGUGGUUAAUCGCUUUAUAGAUAAUAGAUCGGCUUGAGAAAACAUUCCGAUUAUCAGAUAUGAGAGUUCGUCACCCGUAAUGUGAUAUCAAACUUUAUGUACAAAUGUUACUGGAUAUUAUA